AUGGAAGGGAGAGAGGAAGAGGGGCUGGAAGAAGCGGUGACAGAAACGGCCCUUGUCAUGUCUGCGGAGAAGAAGGACAUUGGGCACGAGACUGUCCCAGGAAAUACAAAGGACAGGGCGGAGGAGACCAAAGACUGGGUGAAAGAGGCGGGCAAGAAUGGCAAUGCGCCCCACGGGGCCGGGGCACAACCGCACGACUUGGUGGAGGAAAGACGCAGUGGGACUACACUCACCCUGACGAGGGCGGAGGAAACGGUCUUCCACGCGGCGGAAAAGCAACGGGCGGACCAGGACCGGAGCCAGCACAAGCUCACUCCCCAUUGGAGGAACAGCGAGGACGCUGAGGGCGGACAACUGAAAAACUGUUUGGGACUCAGCAUAUUGUUUGGUGUUCUGUUACCGUUCAUCGUGUUUGUGAGGUUUUCUGAAAGCCCUCUGAGGAAAUAUCAGCUUCCUCCUGCUGCAAAGCCAGAACCUGGAGACCAUGUAGACACCUCCCUGGAUCUCAGCUCCCGAACCGAUGUGAUGACAUCGACGGACUGGGGAGCUCCCAUUUUGUGGGACGGGAUGUUUGAUCCUGACACCUACGACAAGUAUCACCAAAAAAUGGGCACCUCUGUGGCACUGACUGUGUUCGCCGUCGGGAGAUAUCAGGAAGCGUACCUGAUAGAUCUGCUGUCCUCAGCGGAACUCCACUUCAUGGAGGGUUUACCGGUGACGUACUACGUGUUCACCGACGCCCCAGAGAAUGUGCCGGGGCUCCAGCUGAAGGCUGGCCGGGCCCUGAAGAUCAUCAAGGUCAAGAGGCACGAGCGCUGGGAGGACAUCUCCAUGAUGCGCAUGAAGACCCUCGCGGACACCAUCAAGAGACGCAUCCGUCACGGCCACCGGUACGUCUUCUGCCUGGACGUGGACAUGGUCUUCGCCGGUCGCUUCGGCUCGGAGGCACUCGGGGAGUCGGUUGCCCUGCAGCACUCCUCCUUCUACAACACCCCCAAGGUAAGGUACACCUACGACCGCAACCCCAACUCCACGGCCUGCAUGGAGACUGGGGACCUGUACUACCACGCGGCCGUGUUCGGGGGCACGUGGGAGUCCGUGGCGAACCUGACCGAGAGCUGUCACCGGGGCAUAAUGACGGACAAGAGGAACGGGGUGGAGGCUCUGUGGCACGACGAGAGCCACCUCAACAAGUACUUCUGGCUCAACAAGCCCAGCAGAGUGCUCUCGCCAGAGUACGGCUGGAACCCCCUCAACGGGCCCAGCCGAGAGAUACACGUCAAGCGGCUGCUCUGGGCUGAGAAACACCACAGCGAACUCAGGACCUAG